UGUCCACGCGCUGCAAGUUUUUUGGAAUUUUGAACGCAUGCUGCAAGAAAACGACAAAAUGAAACCAAAAGACAACGAUCUUGCUUCUAUGUCUGCAUUUGCUGUUUACAGUCAAAGGAAGAAGCUUACUUCUGAAACUCCAGAAAGUGUGGAGACACAACCCAAAAGAAUGAAAUUAGAAAAAAAUGUUGAAGUUUCUGAUGUAAGAGAUACUGAAGAAAUCAAUGUUGAACCUUCUACUGAAGAAAUCGACCAUCAAGAUUUUCUUCCUGAAUUACAAGAAGCAGCUAGCAGUAGUCAAAAACAUCCUGGACUUGCAUUAAAUAAAAAUGUUGUUCCAUGUGGCAAUUUUGUAGCUGAAAAAAGUUUCAAAUGGAUGAUUUUUCCAAUGUCACCAGAGAAAUUUUUUGAUGAUUUCUGGGAAAAAAAUUAUGCACAUAUCUCGAGAAAUGAUGGAAAGUAUUGGAAUUGCCUUUACAGUUGUGAAGAUUUUGACAGAAUAUUAAAAAAUAAUAGAGUUGAAUUUGGCAAAGAUAUUGAUAUCACAGAGUAUUAUGAUGGUGUUCGAAAAACAGUAGAAGCUGAAGGCAUAGCAAAUAGAAAUGCUGUGUGGAGCUUUUAUCAGGAUAAUUGUACAAUCAGAAUGAAAAAUCCACAGGCUUAUCAUGACAAAUUGUAUCAGCUGCUAUCCCAUCUUCAAGAGUAUUUUGGAAGUUUUAUGGGUGUUAACAUGUAUUUAACACCACCUGAAUCUCAAGGAUUUGCUCCUCAUUAUGAUGAUAUUGAAGCUUUUGUUCUACAAAUAGAAGGAAGGAAAUUGUGGAAAAUUUAUGCACCUAGAAAUGAAGAUGAAAAGCUUCCAAGAGUUUCUAGUCCAAAUUUUACUCAGGAUGAGAUCGGUAUUCCUAUUUUUGAAGUUGAAUUGAAAGCUGGCGAUAUGCUUUACUUUCCUCGUGGAUUUAUACACCAGGCAAAAACAGUUGGUGACUGUCAUUCUCUUCAUCUUACUAUAUCAACUUAUCAAAAUAAUACAUGGGGUGAUUUAAUGCAAGUGAUGCUACCUAGAGCUUUAGAAAUUGCUAUGGCAAAUGAUGUGGAAUUUCGGGAAUCUCUGCCUAAGGACUAUCUGGAUCAUGUUGGGAUGGCGUAUGAGAACAAAAAUGAAGCUAAAGAAGACAAUGUCACAGAAUUGUGCUACGAACUGUCGUUUGCUGAAGUCUGCAUACGAUUUCAAUUACAGAUUAAGCCUGCCUCCCCUUCCCCCUCCCUGACCAGAAUAGAAAAGGGGAUACAGCAGAAAGAGAAUCAUUUUUCAAGAAAAAUGAAAAAACUAUCUAAAAAACUUCUCACUUAUUUGCCAGUUGAUGAAGCUGCCGAUAUCCAUGCAAAAAAUUUCAUUCACAGUUGCUUGCCACCUGCUUUUAUUGCUAAAGAGAAGAAGAAUAGUGUACAUGGUAAUUCUUAUAGUUGGAGAAAUGGUGUUAUUUCUACUGAAUCUCUAAAAUUAGAGACUAGAAUAAGGCUCAUAAGAAAAAGAAUUUUUAGAAUGGUAUUUGAGGAGGAUUCAGUCAGGUUGUAUCAUACCUUGGCGAAUUCCAAAGAGUACAAAGAGAAUGAAAUUAAAUAUGUCGAAGCUGAUGAGACGUUAAUCCCUGCUGUGCAGUUUUUAUUGCAUUCUUUUCCUAAUUAUAUUGAAGUUGCUGACUUGCCUCUUGAAACUGAUAAUGAUAAAUUGCUGUUUGCAAACGACCUGUAUAAUAAUGGAUUUUUAAUGACGGAAGAACCUCUUCAAAAAAUAAAAGAAUGAGUGAGGGUGAAAUUUUUGAUGUAUAUUUCAAUAAAUAUUUGCUUUU